AUGUCAGAUUCCGCUGAAGGAGAAAAAGAGCAAGCAAAAUCAUUAUCAUUGAUAGAAUUAUUAAAUGUCGAAUCAUCUUGGUUGUCAGAUUUAGAUUCGGAGCUGAAAAAGGAUGCUUCGGUCAGUGAAAAAGCCGAAAGCUUUUACACGAAUACUGUUGGCUUUUUACAGUCCAAAGCUCUCCUGGAUGAAGCUGCGGCACGAAAACUUCCGCGCAAUUUCAUGGACUCUGUUUCCUCUUUCAAGGCCGAACCCGAAUCCUUGCAACUGCAAAUGCCCAUGGAUGCCUCCUUGGAUCCGUUGGAAAUGGACCUCGACGCCGUCUAUGAGAUUGCGUCAUUGACGUUACCCAAAUUCAAAUCCAUUGUCACGGAUAUUGUGGUCCAAGCCGGCCUGGAUCCGGAAGAAGCCAUUCAAUUUGACAAGGAUUUGGACAUCCAGCUACGACACUUGGUAUUGGCCCCGCUGAAGGGACGUGGACGAGCCCUAGAAAAGAUUCGAUCCGACUAUGGGGGCAAGAAUGCCAAGCUAUUGGAUGUCGUCCGUUGUUCCAUCAUUGUCCAUACGGAAGAGGAGCUCUUCAAGGUGGCGGAAGCACUCGAUAACAACACUCAACAAGGUGAUUUCACUGUGAUUCGAUGCAAGAAUCGAUUCAAGGAACCUCUUUUCAAUGGAUAUCGAGAUGCACUUUAUACGAUACGAGUUCCAGUAACCCAGGCGGACAACAACAAAAUGGUGGAACAUUGCUGCGAGGUCCAAGUCCAUCUAUCCGAAUUGGUCUUUCACAAAAGUACAUCGCACAUUUAUUACGAGUACUUUCGGUCCUUUUUUUCGGGCAAUGUGGCGGCGGCGGAUGAACGCAUGGUGGUCUUGGAACGGGUGGUGGGUAAGGAACCGCAUGCUACCUUGCACGAAACCAUUGAAUCUUCGAUUGCUACGGACAAUACGACUCAGUUGGAGGCUCUGCUGCAAUUGCUGGGCGAAGACAACAUGACGGAAUAUACACUCGCUUGUCGCGUGGCACAUCGGUUGGUGACAUUGUCUCUCGAAUAUCUUUCAGAAGACCCGUCACUCGAUCAUUCCAUCGCCUUGUUGGUGCGUUUGGGACGUCUCCUACGAUUGGCCUACAAGUAUGAACAAGCCGAAAUCGUUCUGUCCAAAACUCGGCAUGCUGCUUCCAGUAUAUUGGGUCCAGAACAUCGACUGACCUUAUCGGCUUGUGAAAAUCAUGCCAUUCUCAUGGCCGAAAUCCGACGAUACGAUGAAUCCAAAACGUUACAUCGAACCACUUUGGAAAUUCGAGAACGAGUCUUGGGACCAGAAGAUCCGGAUACCCUGUCGUCGUGCCAAGUGCUGGCCAUUGUUCUGGACAAACCGGGACACUACGAAGAGGCUCGGCCGUACUUUGCAAGGGCCUAUGAAGGGAGGCGCAAGGCAUUGGGUCCGGACCAUCGAGAUACCAUGGACAGUGCCAAUGGACUGGCCGUGAUUGACAUGAUGAAUGGGCAGUACGAUUCGGCCGAAUCUAUUUUUCGGGCCACCAUCAAGACCCAAAAAGAAAAGUACGGCCUGGACCAUGCCAAGACAAAGUGGACAGGAAAUAAUCUUGCUGGAUUGUUAAUGAUUUGUGGGCGAGAUGAAGAAGCUCAACAAUUGGCGUUGGAAAUUGGACUAGAUUGA